AAAUGUGACGGGCAGCCAAUGGGCGGCGCGCUUAGUGCGGCGGCUCGCUUUUUGAAUCGGUGACGGCGGCUGAUGGUGGCGGUGGUUGUUGCGGUCGGUGGCAGCUGUUGAAGAAAGUAAGAAGUAAUCAUGGCUGACAGCAGUACGCUGGUGUCUGAAAGCGGGAGGAGCCUCUUGGCUGAUUCUUCUGUUCUUGAUUCAAAAACUAUAGAAAACUCCAAAGAGAAUGUGCUUCCUGGAUCUGUUGUGGACAUUGAAGAAGAAAUGCCUCAAAUAGAAACAAGAGUGGUUUUGGUUCAGGAAGCAGGGAAGCGUGAGGAGCUUCUGAAAGCCUUGGAGACCAUUAGGAUAAUGGAAGUGCCAGUUAUUAAGAUAAAGGAAACUAGCCCUGGUAAAUCUGAAGAAAAACUAAUAAAAAGUAUUGCCCAUAUGGAAAUUAAAGUUCCCUACAUAAAGACAAAUACAAUAGAAGAGCUUGGAGAUUGUGAUUCCCCAGAAUUUGAGACUGUCUUCGUUGUAACAGACUUCCAAGGCUCCAUCUUUAACAACCUCUGCAAAGCAGACUGCCGUGUCAUUGGGCCACCAGUAGUACUGCACUGUGCACAAAAAGGAGAGCCUUUACCUUUCUCAUGCCGUCCACUGUACUGUGCAAGUAUGUUGAACUUGGUACUCUGCUUUACAGGAUUCAGGAAGAAAGAUGAAUUAGUUAAGCUGGUGACCUUAGUUCAUCAUAUGGGUGGAAUUAUUCGAAAGGACUUCAACUCAAAAGUUACACAUCUGGUGGCUAAUUCAACACAUGGAGAUAAAUUCAGAAUUGCUGUAAGUCUUGGUACUCCUAUCAUGAAAGCUGAGUGGAUUUAUAAAGCUUGGGAGAAAAGGAAUGAAAUGGACUUCUGUGCAGCUGACGAUGAUAUUAGAAAUCAGUUCAAAGUUCCUCCCUUCCAGGACUGCUUGCUAAGUUUCCUUGGGUUCUCCGAUGAAGAGAAAGCAAACAUGGAAGAAAUGACAGAAAUGCAAGGAGGAUGUUAUUUACCAGUUGGUGAUGAAAGGUGUACACACUUAGUGGUUGAAGAAAAUACAGUGAAAGAGAUUCCAUUUGAACCUUUAAAGAAACUUUAUAUUGUAAAGCAAGAGUGGUUCUGGGGAAGCAUUCAAAUGGACGCCAGAGCUGGAGAGUCCAUGUAUUUAUUUGAGAAGUCAGAGAGUCCUGGCCUCAAAAAGUCUGUGUCACAGCUUUCUCUGAGUACUCCAAACAGCAAUCGUAAAAGACGUCGUUUGAAAGAGACUCUUGCACAGCUGACUAGAGAAACAGACAUGUCACCUUUUCCUCCUCGGAAGCGCCCAUCAGCUGAACACUCGCUUUCUCUUGGAUCCUUGUUGGACAUUUCUAACACUCCAGAAUCAAGCACGACCAAUGGAGAAACGCCGAAAUCCUGUGCAAGGCCAUCGAAAAACUCCACUCCUCUUCCACUAAAGCAGUCUGCAAGAUGGCAGGUUGCAAAGGAACUAUAUCAGACAGAAAGUAACUAUGUUGAUAUUCUUACAACAAUUAUUCAGUUAUUUCAAGUUCCGUUGGAGAAGGAAGGACAACUUGGGGGACCAAUACUUGCACAGGAAGAGAUUAAGACUAUAUUUGGCAGCAUUCCAGAUAUUCUUGAUGUACACACUAAAAUCAAGGAAGACCUGGAAGAUCUUAUGGUGAAUUGGACUGAAAGUAAAAGUAUUGGUGAUGUCUUUCUUAAAUAUUCAAAAGACUUGUUGAAAACUUAUCCACCGUUUGUGAACUUCUUUGAAAUGAGCAAGGAAACUAUUACUAGAUGUGAAAAACAGAAGCCAAGAUUUCAUGCCUUCCUGAAGAUAAACCAAGCUAAACCAGAAUGUGGUCGUCAAAGCCUAGCUGAACUACUUAUCCGUCCUGUUCAAAGGUUGCCUAGUGUUGUUCUACUACUAAAUGAUCUUAAGAAGCAUACAGCAGAAGACAACCCAGAUAAAAUCAUUCUAGAGAGAGCUAUUGAAUCAUUAAAGGAAGUGAUGACACAUAUUAACGAAGAUAAGAGGAAAACAGAGGCACAAAGGCAGUUCUUUGAUGUUGUCUAUGAAGUUGAUGGAUGUCCAGCCAAUCUCUUGUCCUCUCACCGAAGCUUAGUUCAGCGUUUGGAAACUGUUGCACUUGGUGAUGACCUCUGUGACAGGGGAGAACAGGUCACACUCUUUCUGUUUAAUGAUUGCUUAGAGAUUGCAAGGAAGCGUCACAAAGUCAUUGGUGCUUUCAAGAGUCCUCAUGGCCACACAAGACCUCCUGCUUCUCUUAAGCAUGUUGUACUCAUGCCUCUCUCCCAGAUCAAAAAAGUCCUGGACAUUAGGGAGACAGAAGAUUGCCACAAAGCUUUUGCCUUAGUUGUACGUCCACCGACAGAACACAACAACAAGCUACUCAGUUUCCAAAUGACCAGUGAAGAACCUCCUAAAGAAGACUGGCUGAAAACAUUGUGUCGACAUGUAGCUAACACAAUUUGUAAAGCAGAUGCAGAAAACCUUAUUUAUGCUGCUGAUCCUGAUUCAGUUGAAGUAAAUACUAAAGAUAUGGACAGUACUUUAAGUAGAGCAUCUAGGGCAAUAAAGAAAACAUCAAAAAAGGUUACAAGAGCAUUUUCUUUCUCAAAAACACCGAAGAGAGCUCUUCGAAGGGCUUUAAUGUCACACAGUGCAACAGAAGGAAGAAGUCCCAGCUCAGCUAAUGAGAGUUACAUAGGCAGCCGCCUGAACAGUACGUCGUCGUUAGCGGGCAUUUCUUCUCCAUCCUUGGUCAGCCUUCCCUCAAUCUUUGAAAAGCGGAGUCAUACGUUAAGUCGAUCAACAACCCACUUGAUAUGAAGCAGGCUUUAAGUACAAUGCCAUACUGUAGUGACUGACAAACAGCUGGCUGUUCAAAUGACCUGUUACUGACAUUAAUGGUACCUUAGUCAUUAGCACUUAGCAAUGAUUAGCAAAAUGUAAGAUAACACUACGUUAAUCACAAAGGGGUUUCUAGUUGUACUGAUGCGGAUCAGGUAAUCAGUGGAGUGAGUAACUUGGUCUUUGUUUAAGACCCAUUAUUCCCUUGCACAAUUUUUUCAUCAACAUAAUGGAAGCAUUUUCUUUUACAGAAACUGUCCCCUUUAAGCAACAAACUAGUUUUGAAAUAAGGAUGAUGAUCACAUAACUUACUGCUGGUUUGAAUGACUCCCAUGCCUGCCUAACUUAAUCAAUUGGCUGAGCACUUUAAUGUUCAAACUGUUGAUUUCUUAAAUGGAGAUGCAUUAUGAAGUACCUGACCUUUUGAGUAUGACAGUUAACCUGUUGUACAGCUGCUUAUUCCAGAUAUUUUAUAAGUGUAGCUGUUUAUAAAGAAGUGGGAUUGAGUUUCUCUGAUUGUGAUCUUCUGCAGCCUCACUGUAAUACAGUGGUGUGUUGGUUUAUUUGAACAGGAAGUUUAAAGGCUAUGACUAGGUUUGUCCACCACAAAUGAUUAAAAGAAAAAUGAACAUGCUCAAGAGUUAUGGCUUUCCCUUUUAGUCAGGGCUGUUUGAAAAUAACAAUAAAAAAACAACCUAUGAGAUCCAAAUGUUUGGUUAAUAGCUCAUUAUUUAAUGCAUGAGAUUACUGGUGUGACGAGGGCCCAGUUUGGGUGUGCUAAAUUUCAGGUGUACUCCUAAAGCUUUUAUUUGUCUUCACAUGUUUUUGUUGUCCUUCAAAGCUCUAUGUUCACUCCUUUCAUAUCCUCUCAGUCAGUAUGAUUCAAUGCUAUCUCAGGAACCAUCUAAAUAUGUAUAUUUCUGCAUUUCUUUAAUGGUGAAACCAUUACUAAACCAUCUGUUCAUAUUAGGAGUUCUCAACUUCUGGCUUCUUAACCACCAGUGUCCUGUCUUGUCUAUAUGUAAUUAGUGAUGUUUCUGAAUCUGUCAGACUAAACUGCUUUUAUAUUUUGUACCAAUCCAAGCAAUGUAAAUAAACUGUUUAAAAUAAAACUCCUUGUGGCUUUGCUAAGCAGGCUUUUAUGGAAGUCCACUCUGUCAUUUUGCACAAAAACACUGAGUUGGGUUCCACUCUAUAGAUGUACUCUGAUUAACUAUAAUAGCUAUUUUUAAUAAGAUAUGCAACUUGGUAAGCCUCAGUCUGCCAGAACUGAAUCUUUUUAUUUCCUUAAUGUUUGCCAUUCUGCCUUAUUUCACUGGGUGUGUAUAUAUUAUAUAUCCAUGGGUGCUUUGGCCUUAUCCAUUCAAAGCAAACAUCUGAACUUAAUGUGCACUGGACUUGAUGUAAUAAAGUAUCUCUAGGAAAGAAUCCAUGCAAUAAAUCCUAUGCUAAGAAUAGCAACAGGCUUGGCUUUCUUUUGUUGUUGUUGUCUUUGCAAGGGCAUCUUCAGCCUGGUAAAUUCCAGAUAAAUAAAUUAUAUUACUUCUCUGAGUUUCGCUGUACUCUUUUUGACAAUACAGCUCUAGAAGCAGCUUUGUCAUAAGGUCUACUUCUGCCUCGUGUAACUUCAUACAAUCGGUAUGUGAAUGCAGGAGCUGGUGCUGCUGCUAGCUUAUGAAAUAGUCCUAACUAAGCAACCUCCUGCCUGAGAAGACUGCUAUAAUGAAAUGCUCAACAUUGCUAUAAAGACAUCUGGACAAGUUCAUAACCCAGAAAUGAAACGAGGAUUUGAGGAAGUGAAGUAUUUGAUUGAAACUGUGCAGAGGCUGCCCCACAAGGAAGAGAAUUAAGUAAACCAGAUCCCUUUCACCUAAGGAUCAGUCUGCUUCCUUUAUUCUGAUUCUUGUCUACAAAAAAAAUGCAACAAUUGGGCUGACACUUAACUUGCUGCUUUAAGAGCAAAUACAGAUUUAUACAUGCACAUCUGUAUUACAUGUGAAGUGAGGGGCUCUGGAUUUUGUAUGAUGUGCACAUUUCUGUAACUUCUGCUGUUCACUAGGCUGUGAAUUGAAGA